UUCCAGCCGGACUUGGACCGCUGAUAGACGCCUCAGCGUCACUUUAGACGCGGCACUUUUUAGUCACUCGCGUACAAACCGAGGCUAUACAUCAGCAUGUCCGAGCCCAUGUACCGUGACUGGAUUUUGGAGACUAUAGACUCACUGCGCUCGAGAAAAGCCCGACCGGACCUUGAAAGAAUAUGUCGAAUGGUCCGUAGGAGACACGGGUCAGACCCAGAGCGCACCCGCUCAGAACUGGAGAGGCUGAUCCAGGAACAGACAGUGUUGAAAGUUAGCUACAAGGGUUCGAUAUCCUACCGGAACGCGGCCAAAGUGCAAAGAAAAAGCCGAAAGAAAACAGAGCAGCUGACCGAUGGAGCUCUGCAGCAACAAUCCAAACACACUCUUUUCAACCCCGGCGACAGCACGCACAGUCCCGUAGCCCAGGGCGAGAGCGGGGAUGCGGAGAUAACGAAGGCGAGAAAAUGCCUCGACUCCCAGCCCUUUCCGCUACCCUGCACUCCUCAGGGUGACGGAGCGGUCCUGCUCACCAACAGCGGGAACAGCUGUCUGAGCUGCGGCGCGGUGGUUUGCAGGAAUCGAGCUCGCUGUGCAACCGUUAGCGGCGACGUAAGAACAAAUGCUCCGAAGGACGCGAAAUUACCACGCACUGGGGGCAGCAGUACCUCACUCGACAGAGAUAAAAGCACCAUCAACAGUAAUGGAAACGGCGCCCCCAGUACUAAAGAGGCUCGUGCAAUGGAAUGGGGUUUGCCUGGGCGCGAGCGCUACAGUGUAAACAAGCAAAAUAAAACUUGCACGAGCGCAAGUAUCAGCGGCAACGUCUCGCACAAGACGCACGCGCCGAUGAAUCCCAGACCCAGUGUGGGGGCAACGGGAAGCCUGAGCCAAUCUGACCCAAACAGCUCAGAUCUUGGCGACAGGUUGGUGGCUUCUGUCCGAAGCCUGGCAAAGAGAAGUCGGGGCGUUGCUCCUUUCGGGGGUCGCACAUCUCUGGGUUUGAAGGAAAUACUGGGCUUUCUUAGCUCACAGGGGCGUCUGACACAGGAAAAGCUGACCCGCAGCAAAGUCAAGGUGAUUCUGGAGAGAGAGGUGGCUAGGGGUCGGCUUCGCCGGACACGCUUUGGUAACAUCACCCUCCCUGUCCGGGGAGUUGUAGGAAAGCCGCUGCGACCCCUGCAGAGCGCGCUACAGGACAGAAAAAUCACAGAAAAGGAGGAGACAGGGGUCGUUGCCAUGGAUACAGACAGCAUGGAGGACAGAGUUUGGAACGGGCGGCUCUGUGUCCCGCGGUGUCCUGGAGAGCAGGACGUGGGGGCGUCUGGGGACCCCAUCCUGCUCCGCAGGAAGGAAGGGGAGAUGGGGGUGGAGGACGGGGCCAGGGGCGCGUUUCGAGACCCCCCCCGCCCUGAGUGUGACGCAGGGGAGCGCCCCGCCCUCCCAGCCGCUUCCUGUCCGGACCCUGCUGAGGAUCCGCCCACAUGUACAUUGCUCACGGCCACGCCCACAAACACACCCCCCGCUCUCACGAUGGAGACCAGGCCGUCUGCCCGCCACCCUGAGUCUGAGCAAGUGUUCAGCGCUGAAGAGAUUCCCACUGCACACGGGCGGCUCGCAGCUGCCGAGGUGGGGGUGCAGCUGCCGGCUGUCAGUCUGUCUGUCCUGAGAGUGGAGGGGAACAUCAUCACACCACAUCACCUGGUCCCCGGCUGUGGCCACAAACAGGAGGAAGGGAUGAAGCUGUCAGAGGGAAGAGAGAAGGUCACGUCUGUCCCUCCUGAGGGUCCGUUUGAAUGCAGAUCUGGGGUGUUGAGUCCAGACUCCUCCAAGGAUCUGGGCGUGGUGAAGGAUGGAGGGAGGAAUGGAGGAGUUGCUGUGCAGUGGGACCCCGCAGGGCAGGACCCCGUGGAGUGGACGGUGAUGGAUGUAGCCAGUUACUUCACAGCAGCGGGGUUCCCCGAGCAAGCCGUGGCUUUCAGAACGCAGGAAAUUGAUGGGAAGUCCCUCCUCCUGAUGCAGCGGAGUGAUGUGCUGACUGGGCUGUCAAUCAGGCUCGGCCCCGCCCUGAAGAUCUAUGAACACCAUGUGAAGGUGCUCCAGAGGACCCACUAUGAGAACGAUGGUGCCCUCUGCUGAUAAUACCUCCAGACCCCCGACACACACACACACACUUACACUUGAACACUCCCUCUCUCUCUCUCUGUCUGCUUCUCCCAAUAUCUUUCUGCAGCAAACCCUCCAUGCAUCCACUCAUACACUGUGUGCUCAGGUGAGACAGUUAUGCACCAAUGGCAGGGUUGAGCUUGGCUGAAGAGGAGCGCUUACUGCCUGCUGAUUGGACAGGACUCAGUGCAUAUAUUAUUUCAGUUUUAAGCCUGUCUGUGUCCAGACAUGCUGUUGGGCCUGAUGCAGGGCUGGUCAACAAGGCCACCUUUCUUUUGCCAGUUCCACUCCUCCGCCUCUAUCAGAUUCCCCACUGCCAGUUCCCUCCACUCAAUUCUCUCUCUCCAGCGAGCCCCCUUUAUCCCCACCAACAGUCCUCCACCUCAUUUUAAACGUGCUGCUGGCCAGAAUUGUUGGCCUUUUCCUGGGAAAUGCAAUAAGAGGGGCUUGAAAAAUGACCAAUUCCAUUACCAUUCCUUUUAAAAGGUCCUUUAAAACAUAAUCCUGUGAUGUUGUCAAAACUGUGAGUUUUAUAAUGAACAACAGGGCUCUGCUGGAGAAUGAGGGUUACCAUGCCAACCCCCCUUAGAGAAAAUUCCCAGGAUGCAGUGCGAUUUUCUUCCACUCUUCCACCUGAGGACCCUUGUGACAC